AUGUUCCCUAAUUUGGAGGAGUUGUCAUUAGACUGCAAGUCUACCAUAUUGAUGCUGCAAUCUGAAUUCCCAACACAGUUCUUUUCCCAAGUAAAAGUUUGUGAGCUGUGCUUUUUUCCAAACAAAUCUCCUGCUUAUCUGUUUGGUUUCCUUCCAAGAUUAUCCAAUCUUGAAAAACCCGGAGUCCGUGAUUCUAAUCUAAAGGAGCUACUUCGAUUUGAAACACUCUGUAGUGACCAGCAAAAUGCCACUAUACUCCUACGGAUAAGGGCUUUAAAGCUAGAUAAUCUUGCCCCAUGCUCUGCAUCUUUCCAAAAUUUAACGACUCUGCAACUACGUCUAUGCAAUCGAUUGAAAAACUUGGUAGCAUCGUCAAUGGGCAAAAGUAUGGUGCAACUUGUGACAUUGAGUUUAAAAUCUUGCAAAAUGCUGAUGGAAAUAGUAGAAGGUGAAGACGAUGGAACAACAGAUGAGAUUGUUUUCAGCAAAAUGAAAACAUUAGAACUUGAAGAUUUACAGAGCCUCACAAGCUUCUGCUUGGGCAGUUACACUUUCAAAUUCCCAUGUUUACAACAAGUAACUGUUAUAAAAUGCCCCAACUUGAGGAUUUUCUGUUCCGGAGUCUUAUGCACACCAAAGCUACACAGUGUACUUACAGGCUAUGAUGAGCAAAAAUGGAGUUGGAAAGGCAAUCUCAAUGCCACAAUUGAACAGUUGUACAAUAAAGCGGAUGGAUUUGGAACGAUCUGCGAUAUGACACUCUCCAACUAUCCCAUGUUGAAAGAAAAAUGGCAUGCCCAAUUUCCAUUCGAGUACUUCCAGUAUUUACGUAAGUUGGUUGUGGACGAGUGUUCAUUUUUCCCAAAUGCUAUAUCAUCAAAUCUACUGCAGCACUUGUACCGGUUGCGAGCGCUGGUUGUAGAAAAAUGUGAUUCAGUAAAAGACGUGUUUGAGUUCGAAGGUCUAAAUGCUGUUAAAGAUGACUUCAGGCCUAUGGAAACAUUAAAUCAGCUGCAAUUAAUUGAUUUGCCUAGGUUGAGGCAUGUGUUCAAUGAGGAUCAUAAAGGAAUUUUGACCUUUAAGAACCUGACAUUGCUGAAAGUUCAUAAUUGCAGCAACUUAACUAAUGUAUUUACUGUGUCCAUGGCUUUGGGUCUUGUAAACCUCCAACAUAUGGAAGUAAAAAGAUGUAGUUUGGUGGAACAGAUCAUCACAAAAGAGUCUUCAGAUGAGGAAAUGAUGAGGGAUAAGACCAUAUUUCCAUCAUUGCAGUCCAUAAGUCUCGAGUGUUUGCCUAACUUGUCUAGCUUUUAUUCUGCAAGCGAUGUUCUUGAGUGUCCAUCCUUGAAAAAAAUUGAUGUACUUGACUGUCCAAAGGUGGAAUUAUUACCUUCAACAUUUUCUAAGGUACAACAUUCAAGCAUGAUUGGUGAGGGAACUGGAGAAAGAGUUUACAAGGGAGACUUUGAUAUUUCCAUUGCGGCUUUUUUUGUUGCCAAGUUUGCAAUCCCAAGCUUGGAAAAACUCAGAGUGGAAUGGAACACUUUAAAGGACAAGUUGAGUGAAAAUUUUCAAGCUGAGUACUUGUGCAGACUGAAAGCCAUUGAGCUGACAUGCUUUUCUGGUGAAUCUGCGCUCUUGCCAUCUAAUGUCCUUCAAAGCUUACCUAGCCUGGAGAAGCUUGUUCUCAGCGAUGCUUCUGUUGAAGAAAUCAUCCUUCAACACAUAAACAAUGGCGAGGAGAAACAUCCUCAGUCGCUCAGAUGUUUGAAAGAACUAAAGCUACUAUCUAAGCUGCCGAAGCUCAAGCGUCUGAAUCUAAUGUCUUUGGAAGUGUCAAAAUGCCAUGGUUUAAGAAAUCUGUUAACGGCCUCAGCAGCUAGAAGUUUUGUGCAACUCAGACGAAUGGAUAUAAAAGAAUGUGAAAGCAUGCAAGAAAUAGUAGCAAGUGAAGCAGACGGAGCUAAAGAUGAUAUUGGAUUCAAUCAACUAGAAUACCUGGGACUUCGAAAUCUACCAUGCCUUACAAGCUUCUGUUCAGGUAAUUACGCUUUCAAUUUCCCAUCUUUGGAAGAGGUGCUGAUUAAAGAAUGCCACAACAUGAAGAUUUUUGCUCAACAAGUCUUAACCACGCCAAAGCUAUUGCGAGUUCGAACGGGAAAAAGGCGCUAUGAAUGGGAAUGGGAAGGCAGCCUUAACAACACCAUUCAAGCCUAUCAUUCAUGGCCUGAUAUUUAUUUUAACUUAAAUUAA